GAGAAUAGAAUAGAAUUAAUUGACCUAGCUCACUAAUUUUUAUCCCUUUGAUUGCAGCUCCAGAAAAUGAUGCCCACCUUAAGGAUUGCAGAUCCGUCGCACGUCGCAGAGCCUCUGCCCCCUUACCCGUGGCUCAAGCAAGAGACCCUCUACACCAACUCAUGCGCUAAUGGGAACUUCCCCCACUUGGCUCCCCCGGAGGUGGGGCCUGGACCCCCGGCACAUGUCCCCGUAGGGGCCUUCCCAGUAGGAGCAGAGCCUCCAGUGCCCAACUUUGGCGAAUCUGCAAGCCGGAUGCCACUGAUGCCCGAGAGCAUGGCCGUGCCAGGGACCCUGCAGCCCUUACCCGAGGGGGGCUGUCCCGCAGCCCCCAUUGAGCAGUUCAUCCCAAAUUUAUUGAUCAGCCCCCACAUGCUGCCACUGACCGACCUGGAGAUCAAAUUCCAGUACCGCGGACGCUCGUUGGAACCCCUGAUCAUCAGCAACCCGCACGGCUGCCGCCUCUUCCACAGCCACCUGGAGCCCACCCAGGAACAGGUGGAGCUCUUUGGACCGGUGAUCUUGGAGCAGGUGCGCUUCCCCAGUGCCGAGGCCAUCCCCAACGAGAAGCAGCGUUACUACACCCAUCAGUUGCUGGACGUCCUGGACCGGGGCCUGAUCCUGGAACUGCAAGGCCAGGACAUUUACGCCAUCCGGUUGUGCCAGUGUAAAGUCUUUUGGACCGGCCCCUGUGCCGGAGAGUUGGCCGGGCCCAACCCCAUCGAACGCGAGAAGAAAGUCAAGCUCUUUAGCUUGGAGAAUUUCCUCAACGGUGAGAUGGGGGAGGGGUCUUCAGCAGGGGUCUGGCGGGGGGGGGCUCCUGGGAAGAGGAGGAUGGGCUUUGGAGUUUCGCCCUCGCCAGAGAUG